ACAGCACCGUGACAACCACUGACAAAAUUUACUUGAACUUGAUGUUUAUAUUUACUUAACAUAUUAUCUGAUAUUAUCCCCCCAUAACAUACCAUACGCGUAAAAUGUUCCGACGAGCUGUAUAGAAGAAUUGUCGAAUAAAAUGCUUUAGUUCUACUGAAGUUUUAAUACUGUAAUCUAAAAAAUUAUGAGAAAUACGAUAUUUCAACUUACCGAAACUAAGUGUUCUUUCAUAAUACGUGUAUUCAUGGAGAACAGAUAACGCAUAUUUUGCAAUUAGCGAAUCGCAAUGAAUUUUUUGCGAACAUAGAUUCACGUUGUAAUUACGUUGAUCAGUCAGAUGCAUGCAUUUUAUAUCAAGGAUUUAUCCCAAGUUAAGUUAAGAAGCACCGCACACAGUUGUAAAUUAAGCAAAAUAAAUGGAGAAAGCAACAGAAUUGAAACUGCCAGUCCCUUGGGGACACAUUGCAGCAAAAGCAUGGGGAACUCCAACAGAUUAUCCAGUGCUUUGCGUUCAUGGAAUAUUGGAUAAUGCAGCAGCAUUCGACAGAUUAAUAGCUCUUCUUCCAAAGAAUUUGUACUAUGUCUCUAUUGAUCUGCCUGGACAUGGAUUUUCAACGCAUUUUGCAUCUGGCGUACCCCUGGACUUUUUUAAUUAUUUGUUGACACUGAGAUAUAUUCUAGAAGAAUUAAAAUGGCAGUCCUUCUACUUUAUAGGGCAUAGUUUAGGUGGUCAGUUAGGUACAUUUUAUAGUUUAAUUUAUCCUGGACAAAUCAAAAGACUGAUUUUAAUAGAAGGAAUUGCUCCACUAAUUAUACCCAAUAAAAAUAUUAUUAGUAGAAUUAGGAAAGUCCAUGAUACAACAAUCGAAGCCAGAAAUGAAAAAAAGAAUAGAUGGUAUACUCGUGAUGAAGUUAUGUAUACUCUUACAUGUAAGAGAAAUGUUUGUCUGAACACAAAAGCAGCUGAAGCAAUUUUUAAUAGAUCAGUUUCUGAAGAUAGGGGAAUGUUUAAAUAUAAUCGAGAUUAUCGGUUAAGGAUAUAUGUCAUUCCAAUAUUUAAUAUGGAACAAAGUGCUUAUUUACUUAGCAAUUUAAAUGUAAAAAUUUUAUUUUUCAUGUCUACUGGUACUCUUUAUUCUUUUGAUUUUGAACAUUUAACUAUGGUAUUAGAUUUUCUGCAAAACAUGAAUGAUUCCAAAGUAGUAUUUGUUGAAGGAAAUCAUGAUGUGCACAAUAAUUAUCCAGAAAGACUGUCACAUCAUAUCACAACAUUUAUGGAACAUGAAGACAAGAUUAUAAGCAAAUUAUAAUGCACAAAGAGUUUUUAUAAGAUAUAUACUUAAGGUUGUCAGGUAUUUAGCUUGUCUUUAUAUUAGGUAUUAAAGUAUAGGAUGAGUUUUAUAAAUUGUAUAAUUCUUUAAAAGAUUUUUGUUCAUUAAAAUAUGAAAUAUAAUAUAAUUGUUUGUGUUAUUUAUUAUUGAAUUCUAAAUAAAUAACCAAAGUAUUUAAAGGUACUUUAAAAAAUUUUUUAAAUCCUUGUCUUAAAAUUAGUUAUCUAAUCUGUGAAUGAUAUUUUGCGAUAUUUAAUAUUUUAUCAAUCAAUAAAAUCUUAUUCAAUUUUGAAUGCACCUAUGAACCCCCACUAAUACAGCAUAAUUCAUAUAAUACGUAUAGCACCGCUAAGGUUAGGCUAGUAAUUAACUCUGAUACAACAUUUAAGCAUGACAAGCAUAAAUUCAUCACAUAAUCAAUUUUGCUAAUUUUUUAUAAAAAUCAAAAUGUUGAGAUAAAACAAAGAAGACAGUCAUAACUGUAAAUCGAUUUGGAAUUUUCAUAGAUGUCUUAUUAAAGAUCUUAAUAAAGAAAUAAAUAUGACUAAUCCAGGAAAAUUGACAUUAAACAUGCCUUGGGGACAUAUUGCAGCAAAGACAUGGGGCAAACCAGAAGAUACUCGUGUACUUAUGGUGCAUGGUAUUAUGGAUAAUGCUGGAACUUUUGACAGACUUGUGGAAUUGUUGCCACAAAAUUUGUACUAUGUCUGUAUCGACUUACCUGGUCAUGGAUUAUCCUCACAUUUUCAACCCGGCGUGCCUCUCAAUUAUAUUUCUUAUGUACUGUCAAUAAGAUAUGUUUUAGAUGAACUACGAUGGAAAAAUACAUAUUAUAUUGCACAUAGUUUAGGAGCUCAUUUAGGUUUACUUUUUGCAAUUGUUUAUCCGGAAAGGAUACGUAAAUUAAUUUUAAUCGAUGGUAUUAUUGCGAAACCAAUUCCAAAUGCUAAAUUAAUUUCUAGAAUCAGGGAAGAACACGAUUCAGCUAUUCAAGCAUAUAAAUUAAAAAACCCUCGUCACUAUACUAAGGAAGAUGUGAUGUAUGCUCUUGGAAAUUUAAGGAAAUGUUGUUUGUCCACAGAGGCUGCUAAAAAAACAUUUGACAGGUCAGUUACCAAAGUUGGAGACAAUGCUUAUUGUUAUAAUCGUGAUUACAGAGCAAGAAUAUCUAUUCUUCCAAAUUUCAAUAAAGACCAAACAUUAUAUUUACUUAGUCAGUUAAAAGUCGAGACAUUAAUAUUCAUGGCGACUGAUACUUUACCAUUUGUUAAGUAUCUUAAACCGGACAUAAUAAAAGUGCUAAAACCCAAGAAAAAUGUAAAUAUUAUAGAAAUUGAAGGUAAUCACGAUGUUCACAAUAAUUAUCCUCAUAGGGUAUCAGGUCAUAUAUCUAAGUUUUUGGGUCACAUUCCUAGUAAAUUAUAGUUUUAUAUACUAUAAUAGUAUAUUAUAAGGUAAAUAUACAGUGUACUUAAAAAAUGGUGCUAGUUACUAUAUUUAUACAUUGUGAAUAUUUGUAGAUAAAUACGAAACGCAAUAAAAAUAGUCUAUUUUUAAAA